UAUCUGUGGACGUUAUAUUCAGAGUUCAGACUGUACAUUUUCAAGAAUAAUCAAUAAAUAAUUGUGGUUGUCCCUGAACAAAUUGUUUAUUUACAAUUUUUUUAUUUCUGAUAACUUAUUGUAUCGUUCAUCGCAUUUGAAUCGCAUGCGACAGCUACAUCUGAGAAACCAGAAACACAGGAAAAAGGUAUAUACAACUACAUCUAGUAACAAUGUCAAAUGCUAUAGUCCAAUACAUCUUAGUACGUACCGACUUAUUACGGGAUAUGGCAUGGUCAGUAGGCUCCGUUGUAGCACAAGCAUGUCAUGCAUCAACAGCUGCUUUGCAUCUUUAUAAAGAUGAUGAUUAUACUAAAAAAUACUUAUCAGAUUUAGACAACAUGCACAAAGUAGUAUUGGAAGUACCUAAUGGAGAAGCACUAAAUCAGAAAGCAGAAGAGCUCAGUGAAAAUUCAAUUGACCAUAAACUGUGGAUUGAACAUCCAGAAAACAUACCCACUUGCUUAGCUUUGAAACCAUAUCCCAAAGAAGAAGUAAAAAAAUAUGUUGGAAAACUAAAGUUAUACAGAACCACUGUAAUAUGCUAAGGCUAUAAUGAUUUUAUCUAAACAAGUAGAUUUUUUUAUUAUUGAAAAUAUUUCAUUUUUACUCCACUCUAUUGUUUCUGCAAAGCGUAUGUUUAAAAUACUAACAAUGUAAGUUUAGUUAUUUAAUAUCACGCUUGAUUGUUAUUACAAAAGUUUGUAGGUUCAUAACUAUGUAGUACAAAACAAAUGAUAUGACAUUGUAAACUUAAUACAAGUGAAGUUGUAUCUAA